UGCGCGAGCUGAGCUGAGGUACCUGAAGAGCGCGUGGAGCUUCGUGGUCAGUCUGUGGAAUUUACUGAAACCGUUAAAACACCGUUACUGACCAAGGGCUUUUGCCCUACAGUAGCUAAGAGGAUGCAGGUGAGGGGCAUGCGGGCACUGAGUCCACUUCUCCUCCUGGCCCUAACAUCAUUAUUUAUCAAACCAACACAUAGCCAAGUGUCUGCUCCUAGAAGAUUGCGCUUUAAAGAGCUUGACUCUGGCAUGCUAAGUGUGUCCUGGAAGGAACCAAAAGGAGAGAUUGACGGAUACAGGCUAAUCUACAGCUCUGGCUCAGUUUCAGAGGAGACAGAAAUAAACGUGUUAAAGGAAGAGGCCGGAGCUGUGAUCACAGACUUUGACUACACUAAAGAAUACAGCUUCAAAGUUAUCACUGUUAGUGGCAACCAACUGAGUAAACCACUGCUGGGGACAUAUAAAGCAACAAGGUCAGAGGUGAGUGUCAGCAGUUUACAGACUGCCAGGCCGAGGCUGGAUGGUGAGCCUGAGCAGUUCAAUGAGAUAAUUGAAGAGGAUGUGUUCAUAUGCAAGACUCCAGCAAUAGCUGACAUAGUGAUUUUGGUGGACGGCUCAUGGAGUAUAGGGCGGAUUAAUUUCCGGCUUGUGCGCAUGUUUCUUGAGAACCUGGUGAGAGCCUUCUCUGUCAGCUCAGACCAGACACGCAUUGGAUUGGCCCAGUACAGUGGAGAUCCCAGAAUUGAGUGGCACCUAAACGCACACUCCACUAAAGAAGAUGUAAUCACAGCUGUGAAGAAUUUGCCAUAUAAAGGCGGAAACACACUAACAGGUCUUGCUUUGAUGUACAUUCUGGAGAAUAGCUUUAAGCCUGAGUCUGGAUCCAGAACUGGUGUUCCAAAAAUAGGAAUCCUGAUCACAGAUGGGAAAUCUCAGGAUGAUGUUAUUGGCCCCUCACAGAGCUUGAAGGAGGCAGGAAUAGAACUAUUUGCUAUUGGUGUAAAGAACGCAGAUGAAAAUGAGCUUAGGACAAUCGCAUCUUCCCCAGUGGAGACCCACGUGUAUAAUGUGGCUGACUUCAGUGUAAUGAGCUCAAUAGUGGAGGGUUUGACCAGGAUUGUGUGUGGACGUGUGGAGCAGCUCGAAAAGGAGAUUAAAGGUGAAUCUGGGCCUUCUUUAGCUCCUGAAGCACCACGUGAUCUUGUGACCUCAGAUAUCACAGCCAGAAGUUUCCGGGUCUCCUGGACUCAUGCUCCUGGAACAGUGGAGAAAUACAGAGCCGUUUACUAUGCUUCCAGGGGAGGCAAACCUGAGGAGGUGGUGGUCAAUGGUGAUCAGACCUCUGUGGUGCUUCAGCAUCUAAACUCUGUGACUGAGUAUGAGAUCGCUGUGUUCGCUGUCUACAGUAACUCAGCUAGUGAAGCUCUGAGAGGCAGUGAAACCACAUUGGCUUUGCCCAUGGUAACUAACUUGGAGCUGUAUGACAUCACGCACAGCAGCAUGCGUGUGCAAUGGAGAGCAGCAGAAGGGGCUUCUGCGUACAUGAUACUGUAUGCCCCGCUGUCUGAGGGAGAUGCAACGGAUGAGAAAGAGGUUAAAGUAGCAGACAGUGUAACUGAGCUCGAGCUGGAGAGUCUGAAUCCUGCCACUGAGUAUACAGUCACUGUCUACGCCAUGUAUGGAGAUGAAGCCAGUGACCCCAGGACUGGUCAGGACACAACUCUGCCCCUCACUCCAGCACGUAACCUGCGCAUCACUGAUGUGUCCCACAGUUCUGCUCAGCUUAGCUGGGAUGCAGCGUCUGGCAAAGUAAAGGGCUACCGUAUCGUGUAUGUGAAGACGAAUGGGGAUCGGACCAAUGAUAUUGAAGUGGGCCGCGUUACCAAAAAGUUGAUAAGCGAUCUCACAUCUGCAACAGAGUACACAGUGGCCAUCUAUGCUGUCUAUGAUGAGGGACAAUCUGAUUCUGUUACAGAGAGCUUUAAAACUAAGUUGGUUCCCGCUCUGGGGAGCGUAAGAAGUAGCGAGGUGUCUACGAACGGUUUUAGAGUGAGCUGGAAGCAUGCAGCCCCUGAUGUUUCAAUGUAUAGGCUCACCUGGACACCAGCCAGUGGAGGAGAACCCAGAGAGAUGAUGAUUGGUGGUACUGUGACUUCACACAUGAUUACGGGUUUAAGGUCACUUACUGAGUAUGUGGUCACGCUCACAGCCAUCUACAAAGAUAAAGCAGAGAGUGAAACAGUGUUUCUUCGUGAAACUACAGUUGCUAGACCAGUAACAGUGGCAGCCACAACCACUACUACAACAGCUAAACCAGUGGUUCACCAAGGUGUGCGAAGUCUGACCCUGAGUGAUUUCACUACAUUCAGCAUGGGUGCAUCAUGGGAACUGAUGGACCCAAAUGUACGUCAGUACAAAGUCACGUAUGUCACAACACGUGGAGAUCGAGCUGAACAGGUGAUGAUGGUUCCCGGCAAUCAGAGGUCUGUCUUGGUGCAGCCAUUGUUGUCAGAUACAGAAUACAGAGUAAGCGUGACGCCCCUUUAUUCAAAUGGAGAAGGAUCAACCAUCACACGCUCUGCUCGAACAUUGCCUCUCAUUGCUCCUAAGAACCUAAGAGUGUCAGAGGAGUGGUACAAUCGCUUCCGCCUCACCUGGGACACGCCUCCCUCUCCCACCAUGGGCUAUAGAAUCAUCUAUCAGCCUACUUCAGUACCAGGUCGAGCUCUGGAGACAUUCGUUGGGGAUGAUGUAAACACCAUGCUGAUCUUGAACUUGUUGAGUGGGACCGAGUACAGUGUAAAGGUCGUCGCCACAUACACUACAGGCUCCAGUGAUGCUCUCACCGGCAGAGCCAAAACAUUAUACCUAGGUGUGACUAAUCUGAGCACCUACCAGGUGAGGAUGAACAGCAUGUGUGCUCAGUGGCAGCCUCAUCCUCACGCUAAUCAGUACAGAGUGAAUAUUGAGUCCCUGCUCAAUGGCCAGAAGCAGGAAGUGAGGUUUGAUGGCUCUUCAACCAGGCAUUGCUUUAGUGAUCUAAAUCCCAACACACAGUACAAAAUCAGCGUUUAUGCACAGCUACAGGAGGCUGAGGGCCCUGCUGUUACCACUAUUCAGAGAACUUUGCCAGUGCCCACUCCUCCUCCCACCAGGCCUCCCACUACCACCCCACUGCCCACAAUUCCUGUUGCUAAAGAAGUAUGUAAAGCCGCAAAAGCAGAUCUGGUGUUUUUGGUUGAUGGCUCAUGGAGUAUCGGCGAUGACAACUUCCUAAAGAUUAUUCGCUUCCUGUACAGUACAGCCGGAGCACUGGACGAGAUCGGCCCUGGAGGCACACAGGUUGCUAUAGCCCAGUUUAGUGAUGAUGCUCGCACUGAGUUUGACCUCAGCUCAUAUAACAGCAAAGAAAAUCUGCUGGACGCCAUUCAGAGGAUUUCAUAUAAAGGAGGCAACACUAAAACAGGACGAGCUAUGCAGCAUGUGAAAGAUGCAAUCUUUACCAGGACUGGAGGAAGCAGGAGAGGCAUGCCAAAAGUUCUGGUGGUGUUAACUGAUGGCCGUUCUCAGGAUGAUGUUAAUAAGAUCUCUCAGGAGAUACAAAUGGAGGGUUACAUCGUGUUUGCGAUCGGUUUUGCUGAUGCUGACUAUGGAGAGCUGGUGAGCAUUGCUAGCAAACCUAGUGAAAGGCACGUGUUCUUUGUGGACGACCUCGAUGCUUUCCAAAAGAUCGAAGAGAAACUCAUUACCUUCGUCUGUGAGGCUGCAACAGCAACUUGUCCAUCUGUAGCGAUGAGUGGCAGCACACUACCAGGCUUCAGGAUGAUGGAGAUGUUUGGUCUGGUAGAGCACCUGUACAGCAAUGUGGCAGGUGUCUCCUUGCAGCCAGGAACUUUCAACAGCUAUAACAGCUACAGGCUCGCUAGCGAUGCACUACUGGCACAACCCACCAGGUUUAUUCACCCAGAGGGCCUGCCGUCUGACUACACCAUCACCAUGCUGUUCCGCCUGCUGCCCCAAACACCAGAGGAGCCCUUUGCAUUAUGGGAAAUCCUCAACAGUGGAAACGAGCCCUUAGUUGGUGUCAUCCUGGACAAUUCAGGGAAAACACUAACGUUCUUCAAUAAUGACUAUAAGGGUGAUUUUCAGACUGUUACGUUUGACGGUCCUGAAAUUAAAAAAAUCUUCUAUGGCAGUUUUCACAAGCUCCAUAUAGCAGUGAGUAAGACACUGGCACAGGUGAUGGUGGACUGUAAACUUGCUGGAGAAAAGCCCAUUAAUGCUGCUGGAAACAUCACCACUGAUGGCAUGGAGGUUUUGGGACGGAUGGUGCGAUCUAGGGGAGUCAAGGACAACUCAGCAGCGAUCCAGCUCCAGUCUUUCGAUAUUGUGUGCAGCACAUCAUGGGCUCGUCGAGACAAGUGCUGCGAUCUUCCCAGUCUGAGAAAGGAAGCUGAUUGCCCUGCUCUACCUCGAGCCUGUACAUGCUCUCAGGACAGCAAAGGCCCUGCUGGCCCACCUGGACCACUGGGAGGUCCUGGUAUCAGAGGGGCAAGAGGAGAUCGAGGAGAACCUGGCCCUGUGGGACCAACUGGUUCAGUGGGAGAUGCAGGAGUACCAGGACCUCAAGGCCUUGCCGGCCCUCAGGGGCCUAGCGGACGUUCCAUCAGAGGCCCGCCGGGUGGUCCAGGUGAGAGAGGAGAGAAAGGAGAUGUAGGAGGUCUAGGUCCUCAGGGAGUGCCAGGGACUCCAGGAACUCCAGGGCGGGAAGGUCAACCAGGACCCAGGGGUUUGCCUGGUAAAGAUGGACCACAGGGCAGAGUGGGUCCUCCAGGAAGUAUUGGAGGACCAGGAGCUCCUGGAGCACCGGGUGAGAAUGGCCCUUCUGGAGCCACCGGAGGUCAGGGACCACCGGGUCUUCCAGGUUCCAAAGGAGACAAGGGGGAAAGAGGUGAUACACAGCCCACAUCAUCAGUCGAAACCAUUGCCAGACAAGUGUGUGAGCAGCUCAUACAGAGUCACAUGGCUCGUUAUAAUUCCAUCCUGAAUACUAUUCCACGGCAGCCAGCAGUCUCAGUCCGCACUAUUCCUGGCCCUCCGGGGGAAUCGGGUCGUCCUGGUCCACCAGGCCAGCUGGGGGAGCAGGGUCCUCCUGGACGACCAGGAUUUCCAGGAUCCUAUGGACAGAAUGGCCAGCCGGGAGCCAGAGGUCUUCCAGGUGAGAAAGGAGAGAAAGGAAGUCCAGGUGUUGGUGUUCAGGGACCCAGAGGACCUCAGGGGCCCCCAGGACCACCUGGUGAGGGAAGAGCUGGCAGCCCCGGCUCUGCUGGUCGACCUGGUAACCCUGGGUCCCCCGGCAGACCGGGAAUACCAGGCCCUGUAGGACCUGCUGGACCCCCGGGCUACUGUGAUCAGAAUGCCUGUGGAUACAACGUGGCUGCCCCAGUACAGCCCAACUACGGCACAAAUAUAUACAAUCCCGGCGAGGCAGAGGAAGCGGAGGAGGAUCCAUACGGCAGCUACGACAUGCACAACACUUACUACCAGCCUAACUACCCCGAGCCAAAUCCGGUGGAGUCGGUCUACGUAGAGGAGGCAGAGGAAGAACUGCGCUCACCAGGACUCCAGCGGCUUACCCGAGACGUAAAGGAGCAGGAUCAGAAAAAUGAGUAAACGGUCACUACUGACACCUUAAUGCUACCAUUAUGAGUCAGUAAGAUCUAAAACCUGUGUUCUAACUUCUAACAGCACAAAAUGACAUCACAUUAAAUGAUUUUUUUACUGUGUGUGCUUAGUAAAUGUUUUCUGUGAUGUGAUGUUGUGCUUUUCAGAGGUUAUUCAUGAAAAAUGUAGUAUUGUAACUGCAGGAUUUAUUAUGAUUUUACAUAUAUUUAGUCGACUGAUGAUUUUCUGAUGAAACAUUUCAAGUGAGCCAGAACACAGCCAAAGAAUUUUGGAGGAAGAGGGCCUUAACCACUAAGCCUUUACUGUUGGGUGUAAUGAAAAUAGUUGAUGCUGUCAUUCACAUGUUUUUGUGUCGGAUGUGCCAUAGUUUCCUAUGGAGUAAGGCAGUGCUGUUUACCUUGUCGUUGUACCUUGUCCUUACCCCUUGAGUGUUGCAUCCCUCUUGAUUUUUACCUUUUUCCUCUGCACUCUUUGUUUAAUCUGAUUGAACUUUGACUAAAGUCCGCCACUGACCUUUUUAGAGCUCCUCCAUUGAGACAGAUAGUUUAUGUAACAUAGAAAGAAACAAAGCACAGACAUGACAGAGAGAACUUACUGUUCACAAAAACCCUGAACUGUUGGAUUCCACAGUAAUAAGCAGCAAUAUGCACCCAGACCCGCGGUCAUUGUAGAGCGGAACUCUUAUCACGUAAUAGCUGCUUUUAGCUCAAAUUUGGAUUUGCAGAGGUUUGUGCACGUUGUACACAUAGCUAGGGUGGCGCAGUGGUCUAAUGUGCUAAUCCACCACUGCCGUCCAGGCACCCACACAGGCACGAUUGGCUCUGUGUCUGCAUGGGAGGGAAAAGUUUGACAAUUUAUUGCAUCGGUAUAAUUUCAGCCGUCAGAUUUAGGUGCCUGUACUAGCUAGUGGAUGAUCUGGAGUCGCACCGAACAUCAUGGCAGCUCUCUCUUAGUCUUUAUCAUGGGCUGGUGAAAGAUGCGGCCAGCAAGGGGGUGCAUCCUUGUCUUAGCCCUCCGUGUGGGUGGCAGUGCAAAUUAGGAGCAAACUGAAUUAUAGGGGGGCAAGUUUAGACUUAUCUCAGUUUAAUAUCUCAAACAUUCUGGGAAGCAAUAUCUAAUAAACAAUUAUCUUAGUUUUUGUUUAUUUUA